CGCGUAUUUAUUCGAUACAAUAUUAGAAGUGGAUUAUCAAACAACAUUUAUUACUAAAUUGUGAUUUGUGUUGUGGAUUACGUGCUACUUUAUGGUGUUGUGUGUGCAACAAGUUAUUUUUUUGUGCUUACAAUAGUUGGAUUUUUUCUUUAACGCAUUUUUGUGAUGGCGUAGCGUAAUGGAGGGCGAGUGCUCGGAGGGCACGGAGGGCUGGCUGUUGGUGCGCGUGCACGUUCCCGAGCUGAACGUGCAGAAGAGCCUGCAGUUCCCGCGCGACCAGCUCGUCUGGGAUGUCAAGCAGCAGUGCCUCGCUGCAUUGCCCAAGGUGGCCACUUGGUACAGGGAACUAAAAGAGAGCUUCAACUAUGGUUUGUUCUGCCCGCCCGUCAACGGCAAGGCGGGAAAGUUCCUCGACGAAGAACGCCGCCUCGGCGACUACCCCUUCAAUGGACCCGUUGGAUAUCUCGAGUUAAAAUACAAACGUCGAGUCUACAAAAUGUUAAAAUUAGACGAGAAGACCUUAAAGGCACUGCAUUCACGUGCCAACCUGCGCCGGUUCCUCGAGCACGUAACGCACGCGCAGGUCGACAAGAUCACCAAGGCUUGCGCUAAGGGUCUUGAUCCUAACUUCCAUUGCCAGGAAACUGGAGACACUCCACUAACAAUCGCAGCCGGUCUAAAAACACCGGGCAAAGUUCUCAUCGCGCUCGUUAACGGCGGAGCACUACUCGACUACCGGACCAAAGAUGGCAGCACUGCCAUGCACCGCGCUGUUGAAAAAAACUCUCUUGAAUCUGUGAAAACACUCCUCGAUCUUGGCGCUUCGCCAAAUUAUAAAGACGGGAAAGGUUUAACACCCCUGUACCUCUCUGUGACUUGUAAGACAGACCCGCUGCUAUGUGAAACGUUGUUGCAUGAUCAUGCGACUAUUGGAGCUACGGAUUUACAGGGAUGGCAGGAAGUGCAUCAGGCAUGUCGCAACGGUCUAAUCCAACACCUAGAUCACUUGCUCUUUUACGGUGCUGAUAUGAAUGGUCGAAACGCGUCCGGGAACACCCCGCUGCACGUCUGCGCCGUCAAUGGACAAGACUCCUGCGCUAGACAGCUGCUGUUCCGUGGGUGCGAUAAGGAGGCCCUGAACUUUGCGAAUCAAACACCUUACCAGGUUGCAGUCAUAGCAGGAAACUUAGAACUAGCCGAAGUUAUAAAGAAUUACAAGUCAGAAGAAAUCGUGCCAUUCCGUGGGCCUCCCCGGUACAACCCAAAACGCCGCUCAGCUGCAUGGGGUGGUUGGUGGACCGCAGGAGACCGGUCUUCUCUCGCCUCAUCUACCAGAAUCCCAGCUGAAUUCGACGCCCUCCUCCGUCGCCAAGGUCCGGCUGCGUCACCAUGCAGUCUCGAAAGACCCUUCUCAUCUGCUUCUUCAAGCAUCAGCGAUGCCAGUCAUCCUAGCCAUGAGGAUGACGCCAGCAUUUUGACAGAUAAAAGCGCGGGCGACACUAGCGACAUCAUCUCGGACUCCAGCGGCGUUGGGACCAGCAACUCAGAUACUACCACCUGCUCCCUGCAGACAGCUGGAGCCACCGCCGUUUGCCUACAGCCAUACGAGCCUACGGCGCCGAAGCACAUACGUCUCAACCAGGGCGAUAUUGUUGAAGUCACAGGAGCGACUGACGAUGGUCUUCUAGAAGGAACAGUGAGGGGCUCAGGGGCAACUGGUUUCUUUCCAAUACACUGCGUGCAGGAGGUACGGCUUCGACACUUACAUCAGGUGUUACCAUCGGGCCCGAUGCACCACUCGCGAGUGACAGGUCGGAGAGAGAUGGCUCUAAGUAAAACCUAUAGUGCCACUGCACCCAGGAUAAAGAAAACCUAUGGAAACAUGGAAACGCGUACAGUGAUCCUCCACCGCGCCCGCCGCGGUUUCGGCUUCGUGUUAAGAGGUGCCAAGGCCUCGUCUCCGCUCAUGGAGUUACGUCCCUCAGAACGCUGUCCAGGUUUGCAGUAUCUGGACGAUGUGGACGCUGGCGGAGUGGCUGAUAGAGCUGGAUUGAAGAAAGGAGAUUUUCUUGUUGCGAUCAACGGUGAAGAUGUAUCAGCAGCAUCACAUGAACGUGUAGUGGAGCUGAUCAGGAACUCCGGGGCACUCGUCUCCAUGACUGUUGUCUCGUUGAACAGUGUGAAUGGAAACAACGAGAACAACAUGUGUACGGUGCCGACGAGCAAGUCCCAAAACCAGCUCUCCAACUCGGGUCGGCCCUAUGCGGCCACGCUCCCCAGGAAAGGUGCUGGCGGUCGCAGCCCUGCCCCUGCUCCGCCGCGACGAGAUCCUCGCACUACGCUUAGCGUCGGCAGAGCUCGUGCCAAGUCAAUGGUCGCUGGUUUGGAAAACGGUGGUGAAAAAGAAGAAAGCUGUGAGCCUCUGAGCGUAGCUGGCAAGUCCUCAUCCGCAGAGUCUGUACAACUACACAGUGGAAGCAAUAGUGGCACCCCCUCAGGUGGAACUCCGGUCGCCCCUCGCACGGCGUCAAUCCGGCAGAGACCCGCGUCAGGGCGCAUCACGGCUGCUGAGCUAGAGGAGCUCUUCCAGAGACAAGCUGACGCUGAUAAUGCUGGCAACGCAAUGAUGACUCGGUCGGCAUUCCAAGGCGGGUCAAAUUCACCCCCCUAUUCACCGGCAAGGACGCCGGGGCGCGUGUACGCCUCAGUCGCAGAGAUGAAGCGGUCUAAGGGAAAGUUCUGGUCGAAAUCCACGGGCAGUCUCCGACGGGAUUUCCACUCCACGCCUGACCUUGCCGCUGAACAACUCUCGCAUCCACCUCGAACGCGAUCUAGCGAAGAUGUUCAAGGGCGCGUACCCCCGCCGGCCCACCCACCCCCGCCGCCUCCUGCCGCCCCUGCAUCCACAUUCCGCCCCGCCGACCAGGCCAAGCUGUACGCAUCGCCCCGAGACCUUGGCCCCGUCGCUUACAGGCCAGCGAGAACUGAAUCUAACCACACAGUCCGCAAGUCGUCGUCGCUGCGAUCGUGGGCGGGUCCAACUCGGCCGCAGAGCGCCGACGAGCCGGCCAACCAGUACGCGCAGCCCUUCAACACGCACAAGGGCUUUGUUAGACAGAACUCAACGCCAGCGCCGCCGAUUCCAGAGCCGGACUACAGCAUGUCGGAGUCGGACGACGAAAAUUCCGUGAAACCUAAGAGUGAGCCCGCGCCGCCUGCAGAGACAAGCGCUAAUAGCAAUGCUAGUGGCAGCAGUUCAGGCUCGAGUUCAAUGCAGCACUCGUUUUCGGUCGAUGAAAUACAGAAGAUACGGACUCGACUGAAGUCGUCCAAGUCUUGUGGGGAUGAACUUGGUACUGUAGAAAGAGACGACGGCGACAAUUCUUCCUCCGGAGUGUCCUCAGACCAGGAGGCCCAGGCCAAACCGCAGCCGCGACGCGAUAAGGUCUCGUUCUGCAGCUCCGUCACUGUCAAAUCCUCCAACGACGUCAUCAGCACGGAACCGGUGCACAGUUCAUCGGAGAGCCUGGCGACUCCGCCGCCGCCCAUGCAGAGACACAACUCCCUCACUCGCAAGAGAGCUACAGCAGCCUUGCUCAGGGGAACUAUAGGCGCCGCUCGAGGCAAAUCGGCUGCGGAACGGCUGGGCGUGGACAUAGACAAAGCGCCAGGCCGGAAAGCUAGAGCUGCGGUGUUGCUAGCGGAAUUGCCGCCCCCGCCCGAGGAGCCGGCCGGCGCCGCAGACCCCAGCGCGCCGGUACUGGCCCCGCCGCCGCAGUUCAGCGACCGCGUGCGUGUCGUCGCCGCUCUACCGAAGCAGCUCGCGCACCUGCAGUGAAAAGCGACUGCCAGCCCUGUCAAACAAGUUUCGAGAGAACUAGACUCUUGGGCCGAACACCUUGAAAAACCCUUCGCUAGAUACGUUUAGCUCUUGAGCGGAUCUUACAGGUAUUAUAGCGCGGUCUUAGAACUGAUAGGUAGUACUUACUUACCACUGGAAGUAGAUAACCUUCAAAUCGAGCUCACAUUGAGUCUUUUAUAGUGCCAAAUAAGUUUGAUAGAGUUUUUCUCGUCACACCGAUUUGUAUUUCUCGGGUUUUUCACGGUUUUUCUUAUGUCGUAUAUUGCACUGGAGCUAUUUGUGAGCUGCGUUUGAUUGGUGUCACAUCUUAUGAACCAUAAUUUAUAAAUAACUUCACGUUUUGAACACUGUCGUAGGCAUAACACGUUGUAAUUAAACACGCGUUCUUUUGGCAAAAUGAAUAGUAAAAUAAGCGAAACUUUUUGUAAUCAAACGACUAAAUGAAACCAAAGAUUUAUAGUAUUUAUUGUUGAUGAGUAAACUAUAGUUGAAACUAAUUUUUAUACAUUCCCUUAUUAACUAUGUAGUAUAAUAUGUUUCAGAAUCGAUUUUUAUAAUAUAAUUGAAUUUGUUUUAUUGUUAUUACUAUGAAUUCGUGUAAAAUGUGGUCUCCGAAGUGUCAAAUUUAUGUUUUUAUUAUCCGUGUGUAUAGAUAUAAUUUAUAGCCGAUUCUUUUGUAUGCAAUCCUACCCUCUUACAACGCAACCAAGUGCCAUCGUGUCUAUGAUUUUUAAAAUAUUUUUAUAUGUAUCUGUAAAUAUUUUACAAGAGCUAUUUGAUAGGUUAAAAGAGUGGACUAGGAACGUUUACAAAAAUGCAUCCGGCCAACAUGAAUAUUAUUUACAAAAUAAUUAAUUAUAUUUGAAAGGAGAAACACAAUAUUUAUUUGACUAUGGAUUAAUGAUUAUUAUAUAAAAUGUGUUCUAUGAAUCGAAUAUUUAAUUUUAAAUUCGUCCAUAGUAAUUACGCGACUAGUCCAUUCUUUUGACGCCACUUAAAUGUUAUAUUAGCGGCCUGCACGUCGCGAAUGUGUUCUCAAUACUAGCGCUUAUUAUUGCUCGACGCAUUAGUAUGGUCAUCCGUUCCAUUGAAUUGUACAUUUUUAUACUACAGUCUAUCCAUAUUGAUAUUUUCCUGUGGCUGUAACUUCUCGUUUUCUUAAACUUUCGUCACAGACUACUUAAUAAUUGCUACGUAACAGAUACAUCACUCAUACAUAAUCGAAAAUACCAACGCUAUAAUAGUCUACUAAAUCUGGCUAAUGAAACCAGGCGCUCACUACGAGGUAAAAGGAACCUAAGCACAUGUUCGGAGAGAUGAAAAUAACGUUUCCCGCCGUGUGCAGUCGUGCGGAACCGAAUGCUGGGGAUGUACUGUACUGUACUGGGGUGUGGGAAGGAUUGUAAUGGAAAUGAAAGACUUGUCUGUGCGCUUGCACUGUCAUCGAUACACUCACCAGUAGACACUAUCGCGUAACCUCGAGCGAGUGAUGGAGUCAUGCUUUCGUCACUACUAUCAAUUUCGAAUUUGAGACAAAUGCAGUUAGUUUUAUGCCAUUUAGUAAAUCUUUUUACUUAAUAAACGUCAACAGGACAUUAUCACGUUGGAAAGACUUUAAUCGAAGGCAUCCGUGCAUCUUUUAGAUAUAUACUUAAAGCGAAGUAAGGAAAUGUAACACCAAUACUUAUUAUGUUCAUAUAUCAUUGUAUUAUUGUAUUUAAAACUGUUCUCUACGUAUUGGCCCCUUAUAUACUUGUCAAAUUGAUUACGAUGUUAUAUCGUAGACGUUAGGGCUCUUUAUUGACAGUUUUUUGAGUGACAAUAUUAUUUUCCGUUCAAAUACGAGCUUGUUCGGUCAAAAUCAUCUUUGACCACAUUAGAUAGAAAGUAAUAGGAAAAAAUCAAUGCACGGUUCUCUCAUAAGUAAUUAAUUAUUGCCUCACACGAGCUUUUUUUUGGUUAUCUUUGACUUCAUACAAAAUUGUUUGAAUAGAACCGUUUGAAUGGUGCCCCACUGCACUUGCUGUGUAAAGCUCCUUCGUGUUCCUUCUAACGUCAUGUAAAAAGACUUUCAUAACUAACACUUUCAAUUCUUGUCCUUUCUUUUUACAAGUUGUUUUCGAAAACUGUCAAUAAAGUUAUUUUAACCUUUAAAAACUUAGGUUAGAAUAAACACUGCCAAGAUGGGCC